CCCAACAUUACACAGCAUUUGCUUCUUCUUCUUCUUUCUGCUUCCUUUUCUUUCUUUUUCUUCCUCAAUCUCAAUCUUGCAGACCAACUUCAAUUUCCAUGCUCUCCAAUUUCAAUCUCUCCCUCUAUCUUCUCUUCCUGUAUCUAAAUUAACUUCCAUCAAAACAAGCCUGUAACCUCGCUGCUACUUUCAAAUUUCAUAUAUUGGAAUUCAGCAAUUCAAAUCACUUUCUGCUCCUCAUACGUACCCACUCAUCAGGUUGAGAUAUUCAUCGCUGCAUAUAUAGAAAGAUAGAAAUAAAAAGAUAGAAGAAAGGAGAAGCAAUGGAUCCUAUAACAUCACACGCCCAUUCUCUUUCACCUCCUUUCCACGCAGCAAGAGAUCUCCACCUGCACCACCAACACCAGUUUCACUCCUUACAACAAAACACCGAAGACGAGCAAAGCAGAAGCAACGGAGGCCUAAACAUGGCUCACAAAAGAGAACGCGAAGAAAACAACACCACCAACAGCAAUAACAGUGAUGGAAAAGAAGGAGGAGCUGGCGGCUCCGGCGAAACCGAGAUGUCAAGAAGACCUCGCGGAAGACCCGCCGGAUCCAAGAACAAGCCCAAACCCCCCAUCAUCAUCACGCGCGACAGCGCCAACGCUCUCAAAACGCACGUCAUGGAAGUCGCCGACGGCUGCGACAUCGUCGAGAGCGUCUCCACAUUCGCACGCCGCCGCCAGAGAGGCGUUUGCAUCAUGAGCGGCACCGGAACCGUCACCAAUGUCACCCUACGCCAACCCGCUUCUUCCGGCGCCAUCGUCACGCUCCACGGCAGGUUCGAGAUCUUGUCCCUCGCCGGAUCCUUCCUCCCACCUCCGGCGCCGCCCGCCGCUACCGGUUUGACGAUAUAUCUGGCUGGAGGACAAGGGCAGGUAGUAGGAGGAAGCGUGGUUGGCGCCCUAAUUGCUUCGGGGCCUGUGGUUAUCAUGUCAGCUUCGUUCAGCAACGCUGCGUAUGAGAGACUUCCGUUGGAAGAAGAAGACCCUUCGAUGCCGCUUCAGGGAGGUUCGAUUGGGUCACCAGGCGGCGGCAACGGCGGGGUGGGUCAAGCGCAGACACCUCAGCCGCUUCUGGGGGAUUCAACUGCUCCUCUUUUUCACGGCUUUAAUCCGAAUCUUCUGAAUUCCGUUCAGAUGCCUUCGGAAACGUUCUGGGCAACGGGUCGCUCUCCUUACUGACAUGUAACAGUAACAGUAACAGUGUGGAUGGUUGGUGUAAGUGAAACGCUAUCUAUCAAUCGCUGUGUCUGGUUAAUUUCCUUGAUUAAUGCCUUUUGUUUUUAGCUUUUUUGGGUGGGUCGGGUACGUACGUAGCAAGAGAUUCACCAAACUGUCGUGUUACCAAAAGCUAGGGAAUAGUGAUCCUAAGUUGAACCAACGUGCCAUUCUGGUUCCAUUCGCUUCUUUCGUAGUAUUUGUCUGUCAUUUCGAUUAUUACUUAGGUAUAUGUUCACGUGUAUUUGAGACUGUAAUUAAAUUCAUGGAUGGAUGCAUCAUCAUUGCCUACUUUUAUUCUAUUUAUGAAAAAACAAAA